CGCCCGAGUUCUGCAGUCGCUGUCCGGACGUGCGCCCCGCCCUCCCCAGCUGUAAACGCUCCAUCCAGCUGUGCUCGCACGUCCAGAUUUCCAGCCAUGUCCGCCGAGGGAGAGGUCGCAGAGGCGGCCACCGUGGCGGUGGCAGCCGAGGCCGGGACUGUGGAAGACUCGUCUUCGAAGCCCCCGAGCGCCGAGGCGCCCGACGCCAGCCCGCCGGCGCCGGCCUCCUCUGAGGGGGCUGCCGCGGCGCCCCCGCUGCGCUGCCUGGUGCUCACGGGCUUCGGGGGCUACGACAAGGUGAAGCUGCAGAGCCGGCCGGCCGCACCCCCGGCGCCCGGGCCCGGCCAGUUAACCCUGCGCGUCCGGGCCUGCGGGCUCAACUUCGCCGACCUUAUGGCCAGGCAGGGGCUGUACGACCGGCUGCCGCCGCUGCCCAUCACUCCAGGCAUGGAGGGGGCGGGCGUCGUGAUCGCCGUGGGCGACGGCGUCAGUGACCGCAAGGUUGGGGACCGGGUGAUGGUGCUGAUCCGCUCAGGCAUGUGGCAAGAGGAGGUGACAGUGCCCUCAGUGCAGACCUUCCUGAUGCCGGAAGCCAUGUCCUUCAAGGAAGCUGCCGCUUUGCUGGUCAAUUAUGUUACGGCCUACAUGGUCCUCUUUGAUUUCGGCAACCUCCGGCCGGGCCACAGCGUCUUAGUGCACAUGGCUGCAGGGGGCGUGGGCAUGGCCGCCCUGCAGCUGUGCCGCACGGUGGAGAAUGUGACGGUGUUUGGAACGGCCUCGGCCAGCAAGCACGAGGUGCUGAAGGAGAACGGGGUCACGCAUCCCAUCGACUACCACACGACUGACUACGUGGAUGAGAUCAAGAAGAUCUCCCCCAAAGGGGUGGACAUCGUCAUGGACCCUCUGGGUGGUUCAGAUACUGCCAAGGGCUACAACCUCCUCAAACCCAUGGGCAAAGUGAUCACCUAUGGAAUGGCCAACCUGCUGACGGGCCCCAAGCGGAACAUCAUGGCUCUGGCGCGCACAUGGUGGAACCAGUUCAGCGUGACGGCGCUGCAGCUGCUGCCUGCCAACCGCGCCGUGUGCGGCUUCCACCUGGGCUACCUGGAGGGCGAGGUGGAGCUGGUCAGCGCGGUGGUGGCCCGCCUGCUGACGCUCUACAACGAGGGCCGCAUCAAGCCCCACAUCGACUCCGUGUGGCCCUUUGAGAAGGUGGUGGACGCCAUGAAGCAGAUGCAGGAGAAGAAGAAUGUGGGCAAAGUCCUCCUGGUCCCAGAGCUAGAGAAGGAGAACUAGGGUGGGGGCCGGGAGACCUGUGGGUGCGGGAAGGGCACGCGCUGGGAAGCCACACUGUUGGCACCAGCCUCUGGAGUUGCAUUUCACCCUCCGUCCAUCCGCUCUGCCCUCUUCCCCCCCAGGGUCUCCCUGUCUGACCUCUCCCAGCCCCUGCCCUCCCCCGCCCCCCCCCCCCCAGCCUUCCUGCCUUCUGAAGAGGUUGGGAAGUGACCACUUGGAUGUCUGGGCCCUGCAAGGGGACAGGGAGGGUCAGAGGGAGGUGGGCUGCUUCCUGCCCCCGCCCUGUCCCCGGGCCCCGCUGUGCUGCUUUGUGCCAACGUUAGCCAGUCCCUUCCCUUCCCUUCCGUGUGCUUCCGCCCCGGCCCCGCCACCUUCUCCAAAGAACUGAGAUGCCAGCUCAGGGUGGGGGGGCCACCACGCGCGUGAGUCCAGCAUGUCCCUUUCUCCCUGCUUUCCCCCCGGGGCCGGCCGGCACCACCUCUGCACACUGGCCGCGUCUCCUCUCCUGCGCCAACUUCUCAAGCACAAUCGGGUUUCCUCCACCUCCGGGCUCUCGGCCACUCUCCACCAAGGGCGGCGUCUGGCUGCUCGUGCCCCCGCCCCCCUCCCCCACUGAGUUCUCUGGAUUUGUUCUCAGUGCCUUAGCCGUGAAAAACCUGUGCUGUGUCUGGGGGGCGGGGGUCCUGGUCUCUGCUGCACCCCCUUCUCCACCUCCGGGCCCCCCAGUGCCUUCCUUGUUCUGGUGGAACUGGGGUCUCUGCUGCUCCCCAGUCCCACAACACUGCCAAAAAUCUGUGUGUGUGCCAGUCAGGGGGGGUGGUGGGGUGGGGAGCAGCCCCUGGCCUUCUGGGCUCUGGUCCUGUCUCUGGGGGCUGUCAUUUCUCUAGGGGGUAGGUGAGGGAGACGAGGCAGGGGGGAACCUUCCCAGCCCCGCAGGUAAGUGGGGCCCCCUGCCACCAUACUCCGAGAGGCCUCGCCCCACCCGGUUCUGGGACCAAAGUCAAACUCCUCGAAGCACAUUCCCACAGGUCCCCGGCAGGCACUGCCUUCUCGGAGCAGGGAGGCAGCUUGGCAAACAGCACCCCGUUUUGUUUACAUGGGUGGGGAGACAGAGCAGGGGAGCAAGGUGGGGGGUGGUGAGGAACGAAGCCCCUGAAACGAAAGGAAGGGACUUCCUGAACCCGGGCUGUCACCCGCUCUGUGAGCUGGAAUUGGGAAGGUCAGUGCCCCAAGCACGGCCAACGGGAGGUGGGGGGAAGGCUCAGCCCCUUCCUUGUGUAAAGGAGGCCUAAGAGUGUGCGAUUUCCGCUUCUGUGUACCCCAUCCCACUUACCGAAGCUGCCUUUGUGUUUGUGUCAAUAAAAAGCCAAAACCUGG